AUGGAGAAAUAUUCCUCUGCAAGAGACAACGCAAAAGAAGACGAUGAUGAUAAAGAAGAAGAAGAAGAAGAAGAAGGAGGAGGAGGAGGGUUGUUUUCGUGCUGGGGACGUCUCAAACUAAUGCUUCCAUGGAAAAGAAGAAAAAGAAGUCAGACAAGGCAAAGAAAUGUGAGGGUUAGUUACAGAAAUGUUACUCGCAAAUCCAAAGGAACAAGACAAGUUGGUGGUUUCAGGUAUGACGCCUUAAGCUAUGCUCAAAACUUCGACGAGAGUUGCUGGGAUGAUGGUAACGAGGACUCCUCUUAUCGUGGGUUUUCCUCUAGAUAUGCCGCACCUUCAUCGAAAUCAAUGCAAGGAUCAAAUGAACUAUGA